UGGGCGGAGUUUGGCUCCUCGGACAGAAACAGCUCUGCGACCUUUGAGCCGAGCGGCCGCAGGCAGAGACAGGAGACACUCGGGGGGACAUUUGGGAGCAGAAAUGGCCACAGACUUCACUCAGGACGCGGUGCUGCAUUUCCUUCAGAGCAGCGGAGGCUCGGUGAAAAACUCGGACCUGCUGCUGCACUUCAGAGCCUUCAUCAGGGACCACCCGGACCGGAACCGCAACCGGGAGCUCUUCAAAAAGUUUGUCAACUCCGUGGCCACCGUCAAACAGGUCGACGGCGUCUCUCACGUCAUCCUCAGGAAGAAAUUUAAGGGACAUGUCCCCGGAGGAGGAGAGGGGAGCUCCCCCGAGCCGCGCAGACUCCCCGCCGGGAAGAAUUCCGAGCAUUCCCCGGAGAAUGUUAACCGCAGCCCGGCUAAUAGCGCGGAGAAGCCUCGGCAGAAACCGAGGGAGGUGACAGCAGCCGCCCCGCCGGGAGGAACCGCAGAGAAAACAAUCCUACCUGCAGCUGGGAUCAUGCUCAACAAUAAUAACAACAAUGUGGAGACCAAUCUGAGCCUGAAACAGAGAACAAGCGCACCUGAGCUGUCAGGUAGACCUGCAGGAGCUCCAGUGGGGAGUCAGAGGAGCCCCGGUGUGUCUGAGCCUCCUGCCCAGGAGCAGAGCACCAAGGUGGGGCAGCACAGGUUGGAUUUGGGGCCUCCUCAUGUGGGUUCUGCAGCCGGAAAUCAUGGAGAAACCAGGAAAAAAGACCCGGAACCAAUAAUACGGAAAAAGGCCGGUCUGCAGCCGGAGCCUCCUGACCCAGAUCUGUGCACCAAAGUGGGGCAGCAGACAAUGGGUUUUGGGCCUCCUCAUGUGGGCGCUGGAGUCCGAAAUCAUGGAGAAAAGCAGGUUCCAGAAAGAGGGAUGGAGGCCAGUCUGCAGCAAGAGUGGAGCCUUCAGUGCACCAAAACCACCCAGCAGGUCCCAGAAACCCUCAGAGGGAGGAAGCCGGAGGGGCGUCUUCAUCCGGAGCCUCCAGCCCCAGAUCAGGGCACCAAAGUGGGGCAGCACAGAGUGGGUUUUGGGCCUCCUGCUGUGGUCUGCGGAGUCAGAAAUCAUGGAGAAACAAACCAACAAGUCCCAGAGACAGUCAUCAGGAGAGAGGCCGGUCUGCAGCUGGAAACGUUUCCUCAUCCGGAGCCACAAAUAAACCCCAAAUUUGGGCAGCACAGAGUGGGUUUUGGGCCUCCUGCUGUGGUUGCUGGAGUCAGAAAUCAUGGAGAAACCACCCAGCAGGUCCCAGAAAGAGGGAGGGAGGCUGCUGUUUAUACGGAGCCUCCUGCCCCAGAUCGGAGCCCCAAACUGGGGCAGCACACGGUGAGUUUUGGGCCUCCUCCUGUGGUUGUUGCAGCCAGAAAUCAAGGAGAAAUCAGCCAUCAGGUCCCAGAAACCCUCAGAGGGAGGAAACCAGAGGGGCGACUUCAUGGGGAGCCUCCUGCCCCAGAUCAGAGCACCAGGCUGGGGCAGCACACGGUGAGUUUUGGGGCUCCUCCUGUGGUCUCUGCAGUCAGAAAUCUUGGAGAAACCAGCCAACAAAUCCCCAAAACCCUCCACCAGGAGGCUGGUCUUCAGCUGCAGGACACCCCGCGCCGCAUCCGACACAGGAAGAGCUACAAAUCUGCUGUUUCUUACGACGAUGACGAGGACGAGGGGGAGGUUCAGGUGGAGGGAGGUUCAGCAGGAGGAGCGCGGCCCCUGAGUGCUCCACUCCGAGACACGGCGAAGGCCACAGACCUGCCUGCUCCUCCCUCUGUUGUCUCCUCCUCCUCUUCGUCAUCAGAAAGACCGCUCCCGCAGAUUUACGUGCAGGACGUUGAAGCGGAAACGGCGCCCCCUGGUGGCUCAGGCUGGAGUGGACAGUGGGCCGGUCCAGAGUCGUCCAGCAGGCGCAGCCUGCCUUUAGAUGCAGAACGGUAUGUGCCGUCCCCGUUCCGAGAUGAAGAGGCGGUGCAUCACCGCGACGUCCACGCAGACCGCCGAUACUCGCAGCCCGGCUCCCCCGGUGGACUGCAGCGGAACAGCAGCUGUGACGAUCUGCAGGCCCGCGCAGGUAAACCUCGAGGCGGGUCUAAAAUCCAGGAGGUCCUGCAGCGAGCUCAAGAGUCCACGAUGCAUCGAGGCACCGUGAAAACCACGGCGCCGUGGUAUCACUCCACGGGCAAUCUCCUUGACGACCGAGAGCCCGCAGCUCGUCGUCCACCAUUCCAUCACUCCACCGACCGUCUCCAUGACGACCAGGGCGCCGUUGUCCGCAUGGUGCCGUGGCAUCUCUCCACAGGCGAUCUGUGCGAUGACCGUGAGGACGCAGAGUCAAGCGAGGGCUCCACCUCUUCGCCGCCGCUGCGGCAGCGCCCGGGGGUCGCCCGGCGGCUCAGCAGCCAGUUGAGGAACAGGAUGUGCCGCAGCCUGGGAGCCGACCUGGACCAGCUCCUGCAGGAGCAGGCGAGGGCCACAGGAGGUAGCGAGGCGGCCCGGCUGAACCGCCUCCACAUGAUCUCCUCCUCGCUCAGCCUCCGCUACAACCUGUCGUCCUCCUCGCUGUCGUCCUGCUCCACGCCGCCUCGCUCGCAGAGCUUUGGAGAGCUUGUGGAGGAGAAAGGAGGGAGGAGGGUCUCCACCGCCGCCUCCACUGCUCAGCAGGAGGGUAAACAGUCGCUGGUUCCUCUGGAGCCCAGAGAGCACGCCUGGCUGGUGAAGGGGGCGGCGGGUGCCUGGCCCGACAUCUACGCCCUGUUCAGAGAGGACACGUCGCUGCUCAACAGACAAGACUUCAUCUCCGGCUUCACUGUGCUGCACUGGAUCGCCAAACACGGAGACCACAGAGUCCUCAACACCUUAUG